GUAGAGUCGGCAGCCUUCCCCGGGUUUGCCUUGAUUGAUGGAUGAUAAAUUGAAUUGACUUUCUUUAGUUUCCGAGCUACGUAGAAGGAUACCGGUUCCUCCUUCUCUUCUCCAUCUCCUCCAGCAUUAAUUGAUCUUACCUUUGCUAAGACGCCUUUUUUUUUUUUUUUUUUAAAAAAGAGUAAUUCAUCCCCUCAUCGAUUGCGACAUCACCGUAGUCUUUUGCCGGUGGUUCAUCCUUGCAGGGUCCUUCCAUGCACCGAAUUGGGACGACUAUUGAACCUCAUCUUGUCCCAAAAUUGCGCCAUCUUCCAACGUCGCGCCUUCUUUGUUCGAUCACCAUUCACGUCAACUAACGGCGCAUUGCUGCCGUUGACGUGCUUGUCCCACUAUCUUUCUACCUUGCUCCACCUCAUGCUUUUCAUUUCAUGGUGGCUUUAGGUAUUUGGCUGGAUUGUUUUGAGUUGAACGAUUUGUUGCAGCGGAAAAGUCAAUGAAUGUAUCAUAGUCAGAGACUCCUCAUUUCAGCGGCCCCUUCACCUCCCCCCGCCCACCUGACUGCUGAAAUUAUCUCCUGCCCUGGAAAACACCGUUUCGCCUCACUUGUUGUUUGCACUUUCAUAUUAUUGGGUCGGAUCAAACGGAACUUGCUGGUCCAUAUUGUGUUUCCUCACUGGACGGACAUUAUACAGUAUACCGGCACAUCUUUUGACACGCGAACAACGGGUCAAGCGCCAUACACCUGGCUACUUGGCGUAUGCCCUAGCAGCCUUCUUCUUCAUCUUCUUGUUCUUCUUCAUCUCAUCCUUCUCGUUGAACAAAUUGGGUUUUGUUUUUCAAAUCUUUUUGUUCUUUGUUUCAUUAUUCUUGGGGAUUGACUUGGUAUCGCUUUUGGGCUUGGUCUUCUACCAUUAGUCUGAUCUAUACCUCUUCGAAAUCACCUUAUUUACCUCCGUCUGGCAUCGUCCAGCUACAGAUUGAACUUCAUUCACACUAGGCUCCAUCUGCUUACUGACCUAGUCGCAUCAUGGCCCCGGACCUCAAUUCAAUGCCGCCGUCGCCGAUGAAGGGACAGGCACCUGCCGCAGAAGGAGGACAAAGACUCAAUGGCAACACCUCGAAUGGCACGCGCCAGAAGCAACCCAAUAUCCUCUACAUCAUGGCGGAUCAGCUGGCGGCGCCGCUUCUAAAGAUGUACAACCCAGACUCGCAGAUCAAGACUCCUAACCUCGACGCCCUAGCGGCGCAGUCAGUCCAGUUCGACAGUGCCUACUGUCCCUCGCCACUCUGUGCCCCUUCCCGCAUGAGCAUGAUCACUGGCUUGCUGCCCAUGAAGAUUGGCUCUUAUGACAACGCCGCACAAAUUCCCAGCGACAUCCCAACGUAUGCACACUACCUACGCAUGCAUGGGUAUCAUACAGUCCUGGCAGGCAAGAUGCAUUUCAUUGGCGACCAACUGCACGGCUACGAGACACGCUUGACCAGUGACAUCUACCCCGGCGAUUUUGGCUGGGCGGUGAACUGGGACGCGCCCGACACUAGGCUUGAGUGGUACCACAAUGCCAGCUCCAUCUUGCAGGCCGGUGUUUGUGUGCGCAGCAACCAGCUCGAUUAUGAUGAGGAGGUCAUGUACCGGUCCAAGCAAUUCCUGUACAAUCACGUUCGACAGGGUCCGGAAGCCCGCCCUUUCUGUUUGACGGUAUCUCUCACACACCCGCACGACCCUUACACGAUCGAGAAAAAGUAUUGGGAUCUAUACGAGGACGUGGAUAUUGCGCUGCCCAAGGUGCACAUCCCCAAAGAGGACCAGGAUCCGCACAGCAAACGCCUGCUCAAGGUGUGCGACCUGUGGGAUCAGGAGUUCACCCCUGAACAGAUCAAGCGAGCUCGAAGAGCCUACUACGGUGCUGUCAGCUACGUGGAUGACUGCAUUGGCAAGCUGCUAGACGUCGUGAAGGCGUGCGGGUUGGAUGACGACACGAUUGUGGUCUUUAGCGGCGAUCAUGGCGACAUGCUGGGUGAGCGCGGUCUCUGGUACAAGAUGAGUUACUUCGAAAGCUCAGCUCGAGUGCCAUUGCUGGUGCGGCCGAGCAGCCGGGGUGAGUUUGUACCACAUCGGGUCACACAGAAUGUCAGCACCUUAGACAUGCUCCCGACACUUUGUGAUUUGGUGGGCACCAAACCCCUGGCUGGCCUACCCAUGGAUGGUAUUAGUCUACUGCCGCAUCUUCAGGGCCGCUCUGAGGAGGGUCAUGACACAGUUCUGGCCGAGUACACUGGCGAGGGCACGAUCAGUCCCCUGAUGAUGAUCCGUCGCGGGCCGUGGAAGUUUGUGACGUGCCCUGCGGAUGGGCAGCAGUUGUUCAACUUGGCCGAUGAUCCGGACGAGGUGGUGGAUCUGGUCAAGGUGCUGGCCAAGAAGAAAGCGCAGAGCGGAGGAGUCACUAGCGAGGCAGACGAGAAAAUCCAAUCGGUACUGGCGGCGUUCCAGAAUGAAGCCGAUAGCAGGUGGGAUUAUGCAGCCAUUACCGACGAGGUGCUAAGUUCUCAGAGGAGACGAAGACUGGUCUGGGGUGCGCUGAAGAAGGGCAAAUUUACGAGCUGGGACUAUGAUCCAAAUGAUGACGGACGAGAGAAGUACAUCCGAUCCCACAUGGACCUCGAUGACUUGGAGCGUAUGGCGAGAUACCCACCCGUUGACGCCUAUGGCCGAGAGACUGCUACGAUCAUUACCGACCAGGCUGGAUCACACGGACAGUAAUUUCAUGGUCACGACGGAUGGUCGAAUUCUCUUUUUUUUUUUUUUCCUUUCCUUGUCAAUAUUCUGUCAGUAAACCAACCAGCAUCUUGGGCGUGGCAUGUUGCAAAUUGCGUUGGUGGCGGAUUGAACUUUUUAAACGAUGCAGUUUUAUCUUGCAUUUAUUUGCAAAAUGAUUUAGUCCCGAUUGACAUGAGAGCCGGACGUUUGGAUUUGGUCAUUUUUAGCGAUUUCUAGCGACCGUUCAACCGGGUGGUGAGCAAAAUUUACAGGCGAAAUGAUGCAUGUAGUCAGAAAAUUGAUCGAAAA